AUGUCUUCCCAAUCUGAAUUUACUUGGGCUCAAAGAGCUUCACGUCAAAAGGUGGGUCGAUUUCUCCAACCCAACAAGCGACGAUUGGACAAUCCAACUGAUGUACCACUGGUGGGUACUGUUCUCUAUGAAGAUGAUGACCUGAAGGGUCAAAUUUUGGCAAGCAAGGCUAUGGCGAUUAUUCAGCAAUCCCUUUCUUCUGGUUCUGUUCUGUUCACGUUUCAGAAAACUUUGUUUCCUGAUCGUGUUGCCGCUUACAAAAUGAUUCAAGACCAAAUCUCACCUGACGUGGAAUUUCGACCUCUUAGUUUGUAUGAUUCUCGUGCUGAUGGUUCUCUGCUGAUUGAAGCCAGGUUUGCUCAGGUGGAGCAUGCACAAGUGGCUAUGCGUGAAGGGGUGAAUGUACAAGGUGUAGUGUACAAAGCGUCUACCUCCAAGGAAAGUGCUGAAUUUGGGGAUGUCAAGCAUGUGCGGUUUACACUUAUGCGUAUGGUGGACAAGACCACUUUUUUGUCGGAUCUUAUGGAGUCCUUGUCGUACUUUGGUAAGGUACUGCAAGUGAAGAAGUUUACUCACCGUGGUUACUUUGAGGGUAAACUUUCGGUGAUUUUGGAUACUUCUGUUGGAUUUCAGGUAGGGGAUGAGUGGCAGGAGGCCAAGCCCCUAGAUAGAAUGCUCUAUCUGAGCGAAUUUGACUGUUUUGUGCCAGCGACUUACCAAGGUGCUCCACCUGUUUGUCAUUUCUGUCAACACAGCGGUCAUGUUCGCGCCAAAUGUCCUGAAUUGGCUAGACGUCGUUGCUUUAGGUGCAAUAAGCAAGGGCACAUGUUGCGUUUUAGCCCUGAAAAGGAGGUUCAGUCUGCAAAUUUCACCAAGAAGCACAAAGUUCACCAUCAUUCUGAGGAUUCUGAGGAUGUCACUCUGGCUCGUAAGAACACUGUGGAAUUGAUGGAGUAUAUUGAGAAGGAAAAAUUAGGCCUAGGUAAGGAGGUGGAGAAGGUAGAAGAAGAAGAACUCGACUAUCGUGUAGUCGAGGAUGAAUCUCUUCAGGGUGAAAGUGUUGACGAAUCUGAAAAUGAUGAGUCCACUGGUAACGAGGAUUUGGAUCUUCUGAGUGAAGAUAACCACCAGGUAAGUAUGAAUGAGGAUGAGGACAUGGAGGACGACAAGAUUGUGCUUGCUGGAGCUCCCAAGAAGCUGGAUACCGUGCGUGGUUCUGCCUACUCCAAGUAUGCGUCUGCUGAGGUGGCUGUGAAUAUGAACAUUGACUCGCCUGAGGAGAUGUUGAAUUUGACCAAGUUGAAGGAUCUUGCUCAGCGCAAAAGAAUGGAGUUCAAUGCAAACCUGAAAGGUACUACUGGUGCUGGUGUAAACAGUGGUAGCAAGCUGGGUAACUCUGGUGGUGUUUCUUCUGGUACUGGUGCUAAGGAUAACAAGUCUGGUGUUGCUUCUGGUGUUGCUUCCGGUGGUGUUUCUGGUGGUGUUUCUGGUGUUGUCAAGAAUAGCAAGAACAAUGGCAUCAAGAUUGGCUCCUUGAACACGCGUAGCUUGUUCAUGCAGUCUAAUCCUACAAAUUUCAAAGAGUUUUCAUCUUAUCUUCGCUCCUCCUCUCUCCAUCUGGAUAUCCUUUGCUUGCAAGAGGUAUCUCAUUUCCGCUCUCAAUCUACUCUUACUGAAUCUCAAGUCCGUUCCUUUUCUUUUGCUUUUCCUAAUUGUUCUCUCGUUGUGUCUAAACACUGUGCUAUUAUAUGUCUUAAUUCUCGGUUUUCCCUGGUGGAUACGGAGGUAUUGUUGGAUGAACGUUGUCUUGUUGCAUCUGUCGUAGAUGCCUCAAGCAAUGUUUUGUGCAAAGUGGCCAACAUCUAUGGUCCAGCGCAGUCUUCUGACCGUCCUUCAUUUAUCUCUGAUUUUCUCUCUCUUUCUGUUUGGUCUGAUGUGUUCAACACACCUUGGAUGGUUAUGGGUGAUUUCAACAUUCACUUGCACUCUUUGUCUACUUCUCGUCAAGCCGAUGUCGCUCCUUUUGUUCACUGGUUGCGUACUCACUUUGUCAAUUGUCAUCCGGAUGGUUUAGCUACGUUUCCAAAGAGCAAUACUUGUAUUGAUUACAUCUUUGGUCACUCUUCUCUUGCUCCUCGUUUGACUAAUAGUCAGUUACUAUAUAUGCCCAGUAGGUGGACGGAUCACUCUCUUUUGACUGUUGAAAUGUUGCCUGCGACAGCUAGUAUUGGUCCUGGUAGUUGGCGGUUUAAUCCAACUCUGCUUGAUGAUAAGGAAUUUGUUGCGUUGUUGAAUGCCACGGUGUCAUUGUUCUUCUCUGGUGCUGUUGGUGGUGGGUCUAAGGGUGUCAAUACUAGUCAAGGUAGUAGUGGUGACUCUGAAAGCACGGUGGCUAGAUGGGAAUCCUUCAAGUUGUUACUAAAGUGCUGUGCACAAAAGUACACUAGAAGCAUGAAAGCACGAUUCAAGAACAAAGUUUUUACGCUUCAACUGGAACGUAUUAGGGCUCUGUCAACGUCUGUAUCAGGUGUUGAGACUAGGAAUGCUAUUGAUCAAACUGACAGAGUGUCUACUGCUACAGGUGAUGCUGAGCAGCAGGUCAGGCAACUAGAAGUUUUGAUUGAGAAUCAGAUACAGAAAGAGACUAGUCAGAAUAUGCUUCGCUCUGCCACUCGUUGGUUAGAACAGGGAGAACGUAGCAACAAGUAUUUCUAUCGUUCGAUCAAGGUGCGAGAGUCUCAACAGACAAUUCAAUCCUUAAAGUGCUCUACUACUGGAGAUAUCUUGGUGGAAGCAGCAGCUAUCAACAGGGAGGCACAAGGUUUUUACCAAAGGCUAUAUACCCCUGAUGCUGUCGAUGCUGAAGCUAUCGAUACUCUCCUGGGGAAUGUUCCAACUGAUGUACGUCUAUCAUCUUUGGAUGGUGAUAUGCUAAUGGAACUUCCAACUCGCGAGGUUUUGUUGUCUCUGCUCACUCAUGCUCCCAAGUCUAAAAGUCCUGGUCUUGACGGUUUGCCUUUUGAAUUGUAUCAAUAUCUUGCUGGUGUUUCUACUGAUUUUCUUGACUUGCUUGUGGAUGUGUUGGGUGCAGCUUUUUCUGGUGUGUUUCCUCCUUCGUGGCAGCAAACUCGUAUGGUCUUAUUGUUCAAGAAGGGUGACCCUCAGUUGUUGGUUAACUGGAGACCUUUGUCCUUAAUUAACAGUGAUGCCAAGUUAUUUACAAAGCUCAUUGCUAAUCGUAUGAACAAAGUGUUGCCAAAGUUAAUCAACCCUUAUCAAACUGGUUUUCUCCCUCAUCGUCUGAUCUCUGACAAUGGCUGGUUAAAUCAGUUGUUGAUGUCUCACUUGCGUGUUGUUGCUCCUGAUUUACCUCAAGUGGCUGUUUUGUUGGAUCAAGAGAAGGCGUAUGAUCGGGUUCAUCCUGAAUAUCUUUGUCGUGUGUUGCUCCGGUUUGGUUUUCCUGGUGAGUUGGUGUCUUGUCUGUCUUCUUUGUUCUUUGGAACCAAGAUUUCAGUGUCUAUCAAUGGUUGGCUUGGUGCUCCUGUACCUCAAUUGCGAGGUCUUCGUCAAGGUGAUCCUCUGUCUCCAUUGCUAUUCAAUCUGGCAUUUGAGCCUUUGCUUCGUUCUCUCCUUGCUUGUCCUGGUCUUUCUGGUGUUACUCUGUCUCCUGUUAAUAUCCCACGUAAAUGGAAGCCUUCACCGGUUGAAGUUCGUGUGGAUCAUGGUACUGGUUCCCGGAAUUGGACUUUGGACUUUGUCAGUGGCUCUGUUGCUCCUCCUCCUGUCAAGAUUCUAAGCUAUGCGGAUGAUCUUGAGGUGUUUUUGUCUUCGCCAGAAGAGUGGUCUGUGUUGUUGUCUGUUCUUGAUCUGUAUGGCCGAGCAUCUAAUGCGAAAGUCAAUAUCAGCAAGACAGUGUUGGUGUCGUUGUCUGGUGUGUCACACUCUGCUUGGGUUGCUUUGGCUGAUUCUACUGGUCUCCAGUGGCAUGACGCUCACUCUCGUGGUGCAGUACGUUACUUGGGUUAUCCCUUGUAUCAUACUGAAAGUCAACUUCAAGACUAUCUUGAUGGUGUCUUGGUGAAGGUCCAGCGACACAGUAACUUGAUGAAACAAAGGAAUCUCUCCAUUAGGGGAGCAGGACUAGUGGCUAACUCGUUACUGUUGUCAAAGGUAUAUCAUUUGUUGCGUGUUGUUCCUGGUGGUGCUACUACUGCGUCGUGGUUGAAGUCUCUCACUACGGUGGUCCGUGAGUAUCUGGUGUCCUUUCGCCCUGGUGUUGCUUGGUCUACUUUGUGUCUCCCCCGCAAGUUUGGUGGUGUUGGUCUCGUGGAUAUAGCAGAUCAAAGCUUAGCUUUGCAUCUUGUCUAUUUGCAACGUUUGUUGCGUCCACCCUCUCCUAAUGAUUUUGUCUCCUCUUGGUUGGUGUAUGCCUUUCAAGUUUACACUGGUCAUAAGUCCAUCUUGCCGUGGUUUUGUUUUCCUGGUCUUUACCAGUCUCGUGUGUCUUCUGUGCCUGUUCUAAAACAUCUCGGAAAGCUUCUGUUGAGAUUGCCAAAGUUAGUUCCUUCCUCUGGUUGGUCUGCUAGGUGGUUUCUUGAUCUUCCCUUGUGUUCUGUACUCAGUACUGUGCCUUCUGUUCGUCCUCCUCGUGAUCCAUCAUCUCUUGAUCCUCGUUUCUUGGUGUCGGAUGUCUCUUUCUGGCAACCUGAUCUAGGUAUAGUUGAUGGUGUCACCUCUCAUCUUGCUUGGUCAUCUCGUGUUUUGCGCCCUGUUUUUCUUGCCUUGAACCGUGAUCGUGGUCCUGUCUCUCUGGUAUUCCCGCCUGUCAUGGAUAGUAAGAUAGUCUUGUCUCAAGCAGACUAUUUUGCUAUGCCCCGUUCUGAUGGUGCUACCUCUUGGAUGCCAGAUUGUACACAUUGGACUGUCUCCAACUCGUCUCGUUCUGCUGCUCCGGUUGCUCGUCUCUCUCUUGGUGCUUUGCGAAGGUAUUGGCACCCUGCAAAGGGUACCAUUACCUCUCGUAUGGGUCCUCCCUUGAAGUUGCCUGCCCAUUUGUUGCUGUCUCCUGCUUUGUGGCGUCUUUUCUGGUCCCUGGAAAUGCCUGCAAAGGCUUUCACACCUUGGUGGCGAUUGCUACAUGACCGUGUCCCGCACCGCUCGUGGUGUCAUAAGAUUAUGCCUACAAAAGUUCUGUCUCCUGCUUGUGCUCUUUGUGGUUUUGCUACAGAGGACCUUUACCAUUUCGUGGUGGGUUGCCAUGUCAAGUCAUUUUUCUGGCAGGAUGUAGUCUCUUUGUUGUCACUUCAAGAGCUACUCCCCUCUGCUUCUUCUAUUUGGUUGGCGCUGACUACCUUUUGUAGUGGUUCGGAUUUGUUGGUGAUCGAUGAGGAUGUUCUGAUUGCUCUUGGUGCUGCUUACAGUACACUUUGGAAGUAUCAUUGGCGAUGCGUCAUAGACGAGGAGCCUUGGAUAGCUUCUGCUGCUAUCAACAUGGUCCGUCAAGACCAUAGUACACUCUUUUCUUCUCUUUCUUUGGCAAGUGUUCAAGCUGGCACCUUGGCCUUGCCUGUAAUUACUGUAUAG